UUUCAGAGUGUUGGGUUACUCAGGAAUCAGAAGCCACUUACAAAUGGUCCUGUUCUGGAUGCUGGUUUGCUAGCAGACCCAGAGGUCUCCAGCAUGGCAUAAACUAGAAAUUAGGGUUCCAAAUCCAUCCCUCUCUCUCUUCGUGAAAUCCAUCCCUAUCCCAAAUCCAUCCCUCUCUCUUCGUGAAAUCCAUCCCUACCCCAAAUCCAUCCCUCUCUUCAUCUUCGUCCGUGUCCCCUUCAUCUGGGUUAUGAUGGCAGACGGCGGUUUGAUGGCAGUAUUGCUGUAUUAUUUGAAGGCGCGAUUUCAAUUCAACAAGAAUCAGUUUGCCGAUUUGAUGAUGAUCUCUGGGAUCGGAGCUACUCUGACACAACUAUUUCUCAUGCCGAUAUUAGUACCUGCUGUAGGAGAGGAGAAGUUGCUCACAACAGGGCUCUUUGUUUCCUGCAUAAAUAUAUUCGUAUACAGUAUAGCGUGGUCGUCAUGGGUUCCAUAUGCUCUAGCAGGUUUCUCUGUUUUAGGCGUUCUCGUGCGACCAACUAUAACCAGCAUUGCAUCGAAACAAGUUGGACCGAAUGAACAGGGAAUGGUUCAAGGAUGUCUCUCAGGAAUCACUUCCGUCGCCAACAUCAUUUCUCCAUUAAUUUUCAGUCCACUGACAGCCUUGUUCCUGUCAGAAGACGCACCGUUUAAUUUUCCAGGAUUCAGCCUAAUGUGCCUUGGGCUAAUACUGAUGACAGCAUUUUUCCUUAGUCUUAUGAUUCGUGCUGCGCCUCCUAUUGUUGGCGACAAAGUUAGUAGUAACCGUUGCACAGACACCUUGGUCUGAGGUGGGAGAUAAAUCUGCCUAUUAUUUAUGCGCAGAAGCAACAAACAUUAUAUUUCAUUCAUCAUUUUGCCUCUCCAAAAAGUGUUGUACAUAACCUGUGAGAGAUAAGUUGCAAAAUAAUAGAAUGAAACAUACUUUAGGUGUAGGUUCUACUUCUACUCAAGACAUCUAUAUGCUUUGACACACGGAGACACCAAGAACACACAAAGGUGAAUUACAGAAAAAGAAACAUGACUCAUGACUCAGUGAAGUUGGUUUUGAAAAUAGUAAUCAGGUGAACCACUGCUAAGUCACAGAAUUUUCUGCAAUUAUGAAGAGGGAAUGUGGUAAUGUAUUUAUGAACCACAUUAUCUUACAGCCUUAGACUUAUGUUGUUUAAUCAUCCUUUCUGUGAAGAACUGUAAUAUUUAGUAUGUUAUAUGUAUGGAUGAUUGUGUUAAGUGUGUGAAGCUAUACAUACAACAAAAGAAGUAGUUAUGCAAA